UGUAACUGGCAGCAGCUACACGCCGGUCCCAAGCCCGGAAAAAUGGGGAGGGGUGGGGAAAGCAAUGGCAAACUACCCCACUAUUUCUGCCGAAAUACUUUAUGGAUCACAACGAAACGUCUUCAAACAUGGUGCUGGAAGGUGGGCCCCCUGGGCCGGAAGGCAACCAACAAGCGACCAGGGAAGGACAAGGACGAAGUUCGAAUAGCUCAGGCAAUUAUGACGCGGACGGGACAAAUCCACCAGGACACCGGUCGGCUGAUGCAGACCCAUGUGAAAGAACUCGUCUGCGUCUCACGAAGGUUCACAACAUCGGAACUUGGAAUGUCCGUGGCAUGAAUACGGGCAAAUUGGACAUCAUAAAAACCGAAAUGGAACGACUCAACAUCGACAUACUUGGUAUCAGCGAGCUCCACUGGACAGGAAGCGGCUAUUUCAACAGCGAUGAUUAUACAGUAUACUACUCCGGGAAUGACAACAUCAGACACAAUGGAGUAGCCAUCAUUGCAAACAAGAAAAUUGCAAAGACUGUUCAAUGUUUCAACGCUGUCAACGACAGAAUCAUGACCGCCCGCUUUCACGGGAAGCCUCGCUCGCUCACAAUCCUGCAGGUCUACGCGCCGAUCACCGACGUGAAAGAAGAGGAUAUCGAAAAAUUUUAUUCGGAUUUCCAACAAGCAAUCGAUCAAGUCUCGGCCAAAGACAUCAUCCUUAUUGGCGGGGAUUUCAAUGCAAAAGUCGGCGCUGGAGGAGAACCACCAGUCGUAGGCAAAUUCGGACUAGGUGAACGAAACGAGGCUGGCGACCGUUUGGUUCAGUGCUGCCAAGAAAAUCGAUUACUGAUCGCAAACACGUGGUUUGAGCAGCCUAAACGCCGCGCAUACACGUGGAUAGCACCGAAUGGACAAUAUCGCAACCAGAUCGACUACCUCCUCUGCCAACAACACUGGAAGAGCUCAGUGCAAGCAGUCAAAACGCUACCCGGUGCAGAUUGUGGAUCCGACCAUCAGCUGUUGGUCGCGAAAGUCAAACUCCGCUUCAACACCAUCAAAAGGCAACCAGCACAGCUACGUUUUGACACCUGCAACAUCCCAGCAAAAUAUGCGGUUGAGGUACACAACAGAUUUGAGGCACUCAGCACAACUGAAAAAGCCCCGGAUGAAUUGUGGGAAGAAAUGAAAUCGAUCAUAAUGGACACAGCGGAACAACUGAUCCCGCACAAAAAGCCAGUGAAAGGACCACAAUGGCUCUCGGAUGCGACGAUCAAAAUCGCCAACAAAAGACGAACAGCCAAAGCCACUGGCAAGAGGCUCGAAUUCAGUUUGCUAAAUGCUGAAUUUCAGAGAGAAGCAAGGAGGGAUAAGGAGCGUUACUGGAACGAACGGUGCGCAAAACUGGAAGCUGCAAGCAAACAAGGACAUGCCUGUGAGCUUUUUGCCCAUGUGAAGCAGGCACGGGCAACUUUCGCACCCCGAAAAGCAACGACCAUCAAAGAUCGGAAUGGCAAGGUACUACAGAAUGAAGACCAAAUUAAGAGGAGAUGGCAAGAGUACAAUCGGAAUUAUAUGCAGGAAACGGACCGAGUCCAUCAGCCAGUCAGGACGAUUCGAUCGAGCAAGAACCAGGUAUUCUGA